AGACGCAUUCUGUGAGUGCAAAGUUCACGCCGAUAGUAAAGAUGGCGGUCUCCAUUGGCGCGGCGGCCUGUAGGGCUCUGCACAGCCGCCGCCACCGGACGUUGCUGUCUAUAGGUCGGGGGCUCUUCAGUGGGGCGCGGUGCCUUGUCGCGGAGGGGGAGACGCACUUCGGGUUCCAGAAUGUGUCGGAGACGGAGAAAGGGGAGAAAGUUUACCAUGUAUUUGAAAGUGUGGCCAAGAAGUAUGAUAUAAUGAAUGAUUCAAUGAGUCUGGGGGUUCAUCGGCUCUGGAAAGAUAUCCUGCUGCAUCAAAUGAACCCUUACCCAGGAACUCAGCUGUUAGAUGUUGCUGGAGGGACAGGUGACAUCGCCUUUCGGUUUAUCAAUUAUGUUCGUUCCCAGUGGGAGCACCAGAUCAAACAGAAACUGAAAUCCCAUCAGAAUUUAUCAUGGCAGGAAAUCUCUAAGAGUUACCAGGAAGAGGAACUUAAAUUGCCAGGAGGUUCCCAAGUGGUGGUCUGUGACAUUAAUAAGGAAAUGCUAAAGGUUGGAAAGCAGAAAGCACAACAUCUUGGCUACUCUGAAGGCUUGUCCUGGGUGGUUGGGAAUGCUGAAGAGCUGCCCUUCAAUGACAACAAGUUUGAUGUUUACACAAUUGCCUUUGGAAUACGGAAUGUAACUCAUAUUGACCAGGCACUUCAGGAGGCAUAUCGUGUGCUGAAACCAGGAGGGAGAUUUCUGUGCCUGGAAUUUAGUCAAGUCAACAACCCCCUUAUUUCCAGGCUCUAUGAUUUGUACAGUUUCCAGGUUAUCCCUGUUCUGGGUGAGAUUAUUGCGGGAGAUUGGAAGUCCUACCAGUACCUUGUGGAAAGCAUCCGACGCUUUCCAGCCCAGGAAGAAUUCAAGGCAAUGGUUGAAGAUGCAGGUUUUCUGAAAGUGGAAUAUCGAAAUCUAUCAUCAGGCAUUGUAGCCAUUCACUCAGGUUUCAAACUGUGACCCUCCUACUUUACAAAGCUCUUGAAGGAUAAAGGGUAUUUCCCCUGAGGAAGCUAAAAGCUAUCCAACUCCAAAAACUUCACUGCCAAGAUAGACUGGGGGGAAAGACCUGGUCUCUCUGCAUAAGCUAAAGCUUCAGAUUUUGGGUUUCUGAAAAGCUGAAAUUAUGUUCUUACAACCAGGUCAGGAUCUGGAAUCCCUCUGCCAAUUAGGUAUUUAUGGAUCAAGUGAUUGCUUGAUGCCUGGCCUGUACUCACUCUGAACUGAUUACCACUUUCCCAAAACCUCAGACAGUGACUCAAGUAUUAAAUAUAUGUACUAACCAUGUUCAUCUUCUAAAGUACAGUGGUGAGGAUAUGGCAAAAAUCACAUUUAAGACUUAUGUAAGCUUGACAGCAUAUACUCCAUACACCAGUAAUAGAACUGAUGGAAGGUAAACAUGGACCAACUAGCCUUCAAACAAGAUAUCACCCUAUAUUGUAUUGAAGUAAUGACUCUAGUUCAGGGUGGGUAUGGACAUGACAAGUGUGUGUGACAUGUAGGAUUUGUGUAUUUAUUUUAAAGAUCUUAUUAAAUUUUAUAUAUCAAUCUUUCACUUUUGCGUGGAAAGUGUCACUGAUUCCUGAAGACUUAUCUGCAGAAGUAGCAAGUUACUGUUAAUGUAUUUCUUCAGUGAUGGGGACAAAGUUCUGAAAGAAUCUAUUCACUGUCCUCACUUUAACUGUUAUCCUGAAAUAGUGCUGUAAUUGUGAAAUACCCUACCCAUCACCUUGCACCCUGUCUUUGGAGAAAUCUUCCACUAGUUUACCUCUGUAUCCUGAGAAGACUGACAAGUUACCAAGAUCCAAGGAAACGUCUGCAGUAGUGAAUAUGAAAAAGCUAAAAAUAUUGUAUUAAAAUCUUAUGUCUUUAUUUACCCCUUAUUUGAGCUGCAUUCUGGUAGUUUGUUUAGUAAAGUUUAAAGUGAGUAAUUUAAUUCAGUUCUUACUAGCUGCCUGGAGGUUUAGUAAUCUGUGUUUCUAUACCAGAAUGAGAGUGUAGGACUGAAAUGUGGUAAGUACCAGAGGGGAAAAAUAGGCACAGCCUUGUCUAGCUCAGAAUGCAUAGUUGAUAGAAAAAAAUCAUAAUAAGCAGGCUUGAUACAUAAGUUAUUGUAACCUGCUGGUAGCUUGCAAACUAGUAAACAAUCACUGUAGUAGUAUAAAAUAUCUAUUAAAGAAGCUUGGAUGCAAUGUGACUUCAGAUGCCCUUAGAUGAAUCACAUUAAUCAACUCUUGGUGCAUCAUUUAUUGUAGGACUACCACUUAAUUCACUAAGUUAAGUGGUUCAUGGUACAGCAGGACACAAUCUGAUCAUUUGACAGACAGUGUCCUGAAUUCUAAACUACCUCAACUGGAAUCUAGAUCAGAGCCACAGGUAAGUAGAGAUUUUACUCUUCCACCUCCAAUAAAAAUAAAGGCAAGGUUUUCAAACAAGUAUUGAGUGAUUAAUUGUUCUACGGUUAUGAAUCUUGCUUAAGUGUUAAACAUGGAAGCAUAAGGUAAUUGAACAUUACUUCUAAUGCAGAAAAGCAUCAGAAAGCCUCAUCAUAGCUGAGUUGUACUAAGUGCUACUUCAAAUGGGAAGGUAGCAACUCUCCCUGCUGUAUCAAGACUUUUAAACCAAAGCGAUAUUAGCAGCUGAAAGCACUAUGCUGUCUGCCCCUUUUCCUGCCUUAGUACCAAAUGAGGCUGGCACACCUUCUCCAGAAGCUGCUGUAACUUUCAAGUUUAGAGCCACAGCACCAUGAUGGCUAAGGAGUCUUUGUACUGAAGCU